CCUGCAAGUCAAGGCUGCGUCUUGCUGUAUUUUUUCGGCGUCUAACUUUGGAAUUAAAUCUUUCCGAACGAGUCGUUUGCAACCUAACAUCUACAUACUCCAUUUAUAGUGAGGUUUUUAGUUUGUCAUUUAAGAUUUUUGUUUUUACCGUUACCCGAUGUUUUUUGUAAUGGUUACGAACACGUAAACAUAUCUCCAAGCUAUUAGUCAGUUAGCAUCUACUAAUAACCACCGAAGAGGAUGCCAAAAAAACCCAAAAGUGCCGCGUCCUCUGCGGCUGCCGGGGUGACGUCUUGGGAACCUGCGCUCAUUGCAGCUCCGUUUGAGGAGGAGCUUUGGAAGGCUGAUAUCUCAUUUGUUGUUGGAGCAAAUGUUCUUGAUGAUACCAACAUUAAAGCUCUUGUAUCUGCUGUUCAGCAGCCUUUGAGGAAGCUCUUUAGUGUGAUAACAUGGAAUGACAUGAUGCAAAAGAUCAGUGAACUUGGAUCUUCAAAAGCAAAGAAACCUGCUAAGGAUAUGCCCUUGUACUACGAGGUAACUGAAUCAGCCCAAGCCAUCCUAGCCACCGGAGAGGAGCUGCCACUCACCUUGAUUGGAAAGCUGCUAAAGUUCUUGCUGUUCACAAUAAAACAAAAAGACCAGAUAAGGAGAGAUGCGGAAAGGAAAGCUGCUGAUGACAAAGCCAAAGCCAAAUCUGGAGAUCCUUCAGCUAAAGAUAAAGCUCGUGGUAAAUCAGCUGGAAAACCUGACAAGGGAAAGAAGAGUUCAGAGCCACCAGUAGCUAAAAAGGAUACGAAACUGAAAAGAAGAGGGGAGGUUGAUGAAAUCAGCCAAUUUAUAGAUGAUGAACCAGAUGAUGGGCCUCAACAUUAUAUACUAAUUGUAGGCUUUCACCAGCCCCAACUUAUGGUUGUCCUUGCGGAACUAGGCAUUUACGUUUCAAAUGUCAUUCAGAUUGGGUCAGAGAACUAUGAAAUUUUGUUGAAAAAAGAAGAAAUCGCUACUCAGACAGAACCUCCAUUGGCACCUGAAGUUGUUGAGGCUCAGAAACAGAAGAUGGAAGAAGAAGGCAAAUCUUUGGAGAUAUUCUGGAAGUAUCUGGAGUUUAUUUUGAACUCUAGCAAGGCUGCCUCUAAGCUUUGUGACAUUGCCAGACUAACAUAUUUUGUGAAGGAGUCUGUGUUUCCUCAAGACUGGUCUAAUAAUGAAAUGAUGGUGUGUUUUACCACUGCUCUCUUUGAAGAUGUUGCAUGUUUGAUUUACAAUUGCCUUGAUUGGAGAAGGCAGCAUAAAAAUUAUUUAAAUAAUAUGAAACUCAUCAAUGUUCCUGCAGUAUCAAAACCAGAGAGUCAACCAGUACAGCCUGUCAUCCAAGAGACAGUCCCCAAUACUGGAGCUCAAACACCUGGUAAAAAGAAGGUGGUAGAAGAAGAGCCAUCUACUCCUGUGCAAGUUGAGCCUCCUCCGUCUCUGACUAAUGAAGUGGAUAUGAGGUACUACGCAGACUUACUGAACUCCAUUCCUCCUGAGAAUGUCACUGUAGCUGUAAUUCUUCAUUGCAUGCUGGAACAGGUGGUUGCCACAGAAGAAGAAAUCCCCCCAUUAAGUGAAGUCAUUCCAGAGCCACGUGCCGAUGGGCUGGAUCACAAGGUUGUAGAUUACAUGAUGUCAUCAAUAUUAAGUCUUGCAAUUUCAGAUGAAGACAAGAAGAAACUGCAAGAAGAUUUUGGUAUCAAUAAACAACUUUAUAAAAAGGAGGAAAAAUACCCCAAACUUGUGAACUUUCAUGAUGAAAUUACUCGAAGGUGGCAUAAAAUUCAAUCUCAGGGAGAACUUGACCCAAUGAAAAUUGAAAAGCAGAUGUUACGAAAGUUGCCAGUGUCACAGUUUCUUCACAAUUUGCCUCUAUCACCUAUGGAAAAUAAAAAACGUCUGGCCACACUUCAAGAACUUUUCAAUUUCUUUACCAGUGAAUCUAUUAGCUGGUCACAGGUCGAAAGGAUUCUCAGUCAGUUUGUAUUUGAAAGUAUGAAACUGACUGAAGUGGACAGCACCGGCCGUCUGAUAAAGAACGCAUCAAAUGCCCCUGGCAGCAUACCAUGGGAUGAUCCUUCAGGAUAUAUACAAGAAAUAAGAGCAUUAACAAUGAAAAAUGAAAAGACAUUGAAAGGUCAAGAAAAAUAUUUAAAUUCAGCAUUACCGAACAGUUCACGCAGAGAAAGGCGCAAGAAGCAGUCUUCGUCAUCAACCAGCUCAGUGCACUUUUCUCACAGUGAUCCAGAAGAUAAAUUGAAGAAUAAGGAAGAUGGCACAAAUGACAAGAUUCUUCAAGUUGUUAUUGAAAGCAUUCAACAAACAUUUGUCCGAUAUCUUAAUGACUGGUAUUUUGCUGAACACCAUGAUGAAAAUGUAUUUUUACAGGUUCUUCAGAAUGCUUCACAGUCAUAUCAAUGCAUUGAUUUUUACAAGCGGAAACAAGAUAAUUCUGUUCUUUUGGUCUUCCACAAUCCUAUGAAUAAUAUGCAACAGAGUCAAGAAGACUGGGAUAUGGCACUCCACUCUGAUAUUGGCUUCAGAAAUUACCUUGAACAUGUUGCAGAGUCCAUUUCUGAUUGGGUAUUAGAAGAAGAAAAUAAAUGGAAAAAAAAGCUAAUCAGUAAAGAACUAGACAGAUUGAAAGUUCCUAUACCUGAUCCUUCUGAAGAAGCUUCUCCACAAAAGAAGAAAGGAAGAACUCCAUCGCCAAAAAAAUCUGAAAGUGGUAAAGGCACCCCAUCUAGACCUCCCAGCAAAGCAGAAGUUAGUCCUGAACCUCUUAAUACUCGAAAUCCUUUUGUUCGAGAAGGAUCACUUAAGGCUUGGAAGGAAGAGCAGGAUCGCAUGAAAGAGGAGGAGAUGUCAAAAAAAGUAAAGAAAGACAAAGACAAGAGAGGCAAAUCUGCUGAGAAGAAGGGGAAAGAGAAAAGCAAGGAUCGGUCAGAAUCCAGUGAUAGUGUUAAAACGGCAAAUUCAAAAAAAUCUCCAAGAGAUAAAAGCAAAGAGGAUCCAAAAACCCCAGAGCCUGUGAUUGUAAUUCAUGAGCCAACUGCUUCAUUACUACCUGAAAAGAUAUACAAAUUCACAGGAUACAAUAUGGGAAAUGAGCUAAUUCAAGUUUCUGGUCAAAUACGAAAUCUCUUUCCCACAGAUGGAGGAAGAAUAAAGAUAGAACGCAUAAACUUCAUCCAAGGUUUAUCAUUAAUUGACUUUACAGUAAUGAUUGAUGGACACUCAUUUUAUAUACACAUCAUUGAUCCACAGAAGGAUGCUGAAAGUAAAAGUGCACCUGAGGAUGAAGUGAAGAAGGAGAAAAGAUGUGUCAGCAAGUUUGGAUCAUUUUCAGCUGUUUUAGAAAAUGGAAUUCACCUUUCUUUUAGUAAUUAUGGCUCCUCAGGAGAAUGCAAAGUGGAAAAAGAUCCCAAUCUACAGUCAAUGCUGAACAUCCCCUCUAUCCAGACGGUUUCUCCUACCCCCUCUCAGCCUGUAACUCCAACAACACCAGUACUACGAGGCAAAACUCCAAAGUUAAAAUCUUCCCGUUCCCCUAAAGGUGAAAAGGGAAAAAGCAGUGCUCCAACACCCCCAGUAGUAGAAGAACCUAUGAAAUGCGAAGAACAGGUAGUAGCUGAUCCUUCACCUACAGAAUCCACAGAUGAUAGUUUACUAGGACCAGCUUUCCAGACCCUAAAUGUGUGCACUCCCAAUGGACUAUUAGUAAACUAUAUUACAGAAUCUUCAUCAGGUAUAAAGAAUCAGAACAUGCAAAUUUCUAACAAAAUCCUUGUUAGGCAGAAAUAUCCCAUGCAAGACAAUACAUCUUAUCGGUUAGAGAGAAAGCCACUCACUGUAAUAGAAGAGUUGUCAAGAGUCAUUACAAGUGAAGGAACUGUAAUCAGAUGCAUGAGAGAUGGUUCCAUACAGUUUCUUUUUGCUGAUGGCACUGUAAUACAUCGGACAGAUUACACUGUCCCUCAGCCAGAAGAGCCAACACCAAGUCCACAAGAGGUUGCACCACCACCACCAAAGAAAGAUUCUAAAGAAGAUACAGAUAAAAAAGGAAAAUCUUCUCAUCAAGCAAAUCCCACCCCCAUUAAGGCUGAACCAGUUGAAGUUAAUGGCUCAGAGGCAAAGCCUGCCACAGGAGGAUCACAAGACAUGACAAUAGUAACUUUGGUUACAACUACACCAUCUGGUCAUAGAAUAGCAACAAAGGGUUCUGAAAAAAUUGAAAUGAAGAAUUUUAAUGCUUUCAAAGCCACAGAUCCAGUCACCAGAGAGGUUAUGAUAACCCGUGAAGACAAGGUAGUCACUGUUUUGGGUAAUGAUGGACAUAUCAUUGUUGAACAUGCUGAUGGUACUAGAAUAACCACUUUCUAUGAAGAUAUUACAGUUUCUAGGGAUGAAUCUCAGAAUGGGAGUGGGUUGCUCACAACAUCUGACAAAAUCAAGUUUGUUCAGAUUGAAAGCCUGGGAUAUGCCACUGUAAUAUUCAACUGCGAAGACAGCUCUUGCAGUACUAUUUUUGGAGAUGAAACCACAAUUAUUACUAAACCACAAGGAAUAUACCAGGUUUUUCCAACAAGUAAAGGAUUCCUGAACAUCGAUCAGGAUGGAUGUGUAGUGUAUAACUCUAAUGCAUAUGAUGAUAGUAACAGAACUUCCCCAUCAUCUGAUGGUAGUAUAGGAGUACAACCUGGAAGUUAUUUAAUGAGACAUACUACAGACGUUAUCUGUGAGGUUAUGGAUCCUGAAGGCAACCUUUUUCAGGCCAUGGUGGAUGGUACCACAUCUGUCAUUAUUUCUGAUUCCGAGGGAAUCACUGAAGAGGAGGAUACACCUAAAGAACAUACUACAACAGACAAAGCAAUUACAUACAAAGUGCAUGCACCAAGGUUUUUAAUUGUACAUGAUGAUGGCUCAGGUACUGAGCUUCUACUUUCAAAAGAUGUCCAUCAGUACCUGUCCCAGGCCUACACAGAUCAGACUGUAGCAGUACUUAAGGAACCUCUACCUGAAUUCACAGAUGUUGUUGGAAUUACUGUUCUCAGUCCUUGCAAUGAGGAUAUUUGGUCUCGCUGGAUGACUAAAAAACAGUUAGAAAACAUUAUUCCUGUAAACCUCAAGUCUAGAAAGUGGGAUGGCUUCCCUUCACUUGAGAAAAAGACCAUUGGACCUCAUUUUGGCAUGUUGGUCGGAAGAAGUCUUUAUGUGAAAGACAGACCAACGCCAUCUGAUGCUACUCCUGUUCUGAAAUGUCCAAAAGUACUUAAGACACGCCAGCUUAUCCAAUAUGAGCCCAUCAGCAACACAUUACGACAGCAACUAGAGCAGUCUCUAAAGGAAUGUAUCACCAACAUUUUGAAAAAACAACAGGAAUAUGAUGAACUUAUGGUUAAAGAACCCAGAACAGAAGAGGAAAAGGUCCAUGCUGCAGACCUGCUGAAGCUUGUUCUGUCUCUCCCAGAUUCUGAUGAUUCCUUGGAAACAGAUGAAAAACACCAAAACCAUGUUGAUAUUGUUAAAGUCUAUGAACAAGCAGUUGCACCUCGGCCCAAAACUCCUCCUGAACGGGCCACACCUAAACGUACAGCACGCAACAGGGAAACAGAAAGCAAAAAUGGAAUAAAACAGGUAUCCAAGUAUGCUGUCAUGUUAGAACAUAUCAGACAGGAGGUGUUUGAAGAAAAGCUAUACAGAGAAUCAAUGAAGAUUAAAACCAUCCCUCCAUACUUCCAGUCAGAAAUGGGAAAGGCUUUUUUGAUGACACAGAUUCCAAAUAUGGAGUACUUGUCUAAACAGCUUCCUCCAUUCCCAAAGAAAAGAGAAACAGAAAGCAGAUCUGUAACUUCUCCAGUGACUGCUGAAUCAGAAACAACUGCAAGACCAAUUACUCCAGCGCCAGUUUAUGCACCUACAUAUAAGACAACUGCAGAGAUUACUAUACCUGCAAAGGCACAAGAGAACAUGGGAUCUUCAGACUUUCAAUCAAAGUGGCAAGAAAUGAAGACUGUGCCACCUGAUGUUAAUGGUGAAGGUACUUUUCAGAGUUCAGAAGUGGAUCCUACCAGUUCACUCAGAAAAGAAAAAAUAAGAUUGCCAGCAUCCAUGUUGAGUUCUAGACCUGGAAGAGUCAUAAACCAAAAGUUUAUUGACAUAGAAGAUCCAGUAAGAAGAAAAGUAAACACUGUAUCAGUGGCUGGUCCACAGUCUCGCAGUGCAGAGUUGGCUCCAUCACGUGGGUUUGAUCUAUUUCCAGCAGAUGUGAAGUUUGGUAUUCUUAGAGAAGGGUACACCUACUCCUUCCCUGUUUCCCUAAGGAAUAUUGGAAUUGAUUCCUGCAGAUUUAAAGUAAAGCAGCCUCCUCCUAGUACAGGACUUCGUGUGUUGUAUACUCCUGGAUCUGUGGCUGCAGGAAUGAAGACUGAUUUAAUAAUAGAAUUGUAUGCAAUGGCAAUUGGCAUGGGAAAACCAGAAGGAGUUGGAUAUAUCUCUCACCAUGUGGAAAUUCAAACAGAGAUGGAGAUGCUCUUUCUGCCUGUUACUGCAAUAGUUCUGACAGAAGCAGUAUAUGAAAACAGACCAAAGGGCUAUCCACAGGGAGUGGCAGCACCAAGAGUUCAGCUGAUUUCAGCUUCACCCUCCUCCAGACUCGGGAUAAUCCGGCCUCACAGAACAUAACAUCCUAUACAGACUUUUAUAGCAGAGGCUUCAGAAGGUGUAGAUCAAGUCCAUGUCUGGAGAAUAUAGAGGGAAUUAUAUUUUUUUGGAAUUAUUUCCAUGCAUUACUGUGUUAACUUAUGUGUUAUAUAUCUAUUGUUGUUUAAAUUUUCAUUUAUAUCCAGAA